CUUAGAAAGAAAAAUCCCAAAAAUGCGAUUACCAAAGGUCUGUUUACAAAUGAUCAUGUUUGGCUUAAUACAAAUGUUGAAAGCGCAGAAUAGAUUUGGAAAUGAAGCCACGUCUGUCACACCGUUAUCAACAAAAAAAUCCGAUUUUCCUGCAACUACCAGUAUACUGUCAAUAUCAAUUGCCGAAAGAGAAGUAGUAACAACGUUGAUGCAAACGAACUCUACAACAAAAUCAACAAAAAAGGAGCAGAAGAGAGAAAAGGCAAACUCAAUCAUAACAAAAGUACCAGUAACACCAAAAAUGAAAUUAUGGACUACAGCAUUUGUUAAUGAAGAAGUUGGUAGUUAUGGUAGCAAGAAAGAACACGACCCAAGUACAGCUAUCUCUGCUCUCAAAGUGGCAGAAGAAUUAAUUAACAAGAACACAACCUUGUUAACAGAUUAUGACUUUCAAGUAACUGCAAAUCCUACAUUAUUUGGUAUUUUUCACGUACUUCCAAAGCUGAUGCCAAUUCUUAGCACAAAAAAGGAGCAUAUGUAUAGCAUCAUUGGACCAGUAAACUCACCAGACUUCGGAGCAUGCAGGUAUAUUAUAGAUAACAGCAAGAAAGCUCUGUUACAGAUGAACAUAGGAGCCACAGAUCCUACAUUUUCUUCAAAAAAACUUAACCCAUACGUGUUUAGUUUGAUACCUUCAUACUCAUCCUUUCAUACGGCAAUCGUUUUCCUUUUUAAAAAGUUUAAUUGGAAACGUGUAGGCCUGUUUUACAUCGUUGGAGCCGAAACGUCAGGAAAUACUGACAUUAAUAUCAAGGUGAUUACUGAUAUGAGCAAAAAAUUCAGCGAAAAUCAAAUUGAAGUAGUUGCAACAGAUUUUGUCACCGUAUUUAACUCAAUAAAUCAUAACCUAACCAAAAACGUAAUUAGAAACAAAUUAAUAUCGUUUAAGGAUAAAGACAUACGCAUAAUUGUGGCAGCGUUUAAUAGAUUUCAAUUGCCAGCCAUAUUAUGUGAGGCUUAUAAGUUAAACAUGACAUCAUCAAAAUACCAAUGGAUUUUAACUAACCAUCCUAGCUACAAGCGCUGGGAAUACUCGGGGACUGAGUGUACGGCAGACGAAGUAGAUAGAGCCAGUAAAAACGUGCUAAUACCAAGACUCUCACUGAAGAGGUCUGACAAUGUGAAUACCGUCGCAAAUAUAAAAGUCAACGAGGUAUGGGAACUAAUAAAGGCCAAACGUCGAGAACUCGAGACAAACCUAUACGAAGAGGAGCUGGAAUAUGACGAAAGAUCUCUGUACGCAUAUGAUACAUUGUGGACUGUCGCGCUGACACUAGACAGGGUUAUAAAGAAGUACAAGUAUACUGGGGAGUCGUUCACAUAUGACAACUUUACAACAUUAGAUAACCUUGUAAAUGAAAUGGAGAAAGUUCAAUUUCAGGGCAUGACUGGUUUUAUACGCUUUGGUCAAAAUCGACGUGGACGAUUGGUAGAUUACACCAAUUUUGAAGUAUAUGGAAUAAAUGGAACUUUUACUCACGUGGGAACAUACAAUGCAAAAAUCAAUCAGGUGGAAUACAAUAUUUCUCAUCAGAAAAAUAUUUUUUCACCACUUGUGUAUGAAAUACCAGUGGACGGUGUCAAAACAAUACACCACCCGGAGAAGUUUAGCACAGCCACUAUUGCAAUUUUGUGGACAUUUUCUUUUUUGGCGACAUGUUUAUCUGUUUACUUUUUUGCUGUUAAUGUAUUCUACAGAAAAAAGGUACUUAUAAAGAUGUCUUCGCCAUACAUAAACAACUUAAUUGUAGCAGGUUGUAUUCUAUGUUAUCUGGCUGUUAUCCUGUAUGGACUGGAUGCCAAAUUAAUUGAUGUGAAUAAAAUACCUAUGACUUGCAACGGUGUUGUGUUUUGUCUUACUUUUGGCUUCACACUCGCAUUUGGAGCCUUAUUUAGCAAAACAUGGAGGAUAUAUCGCAUAUUUACAAGCGCAAGAACAUUACAAGUUAUUGUAAUCAAAGAUAUACACUUGUUUGGCGUCAUCUUUCUAAUGUUAUGUUUGGACAGCGUCAUAUUGACCACGUGGAUGCUUACGUCUCCGUACGAACUGAAAAUUGAAACUGUCAGUUUUGAGGAACGCCUUGAAAUUGACGAAAGACAUGAGCAGAUCAUCUAUCGCUGUAGUUGUCAUUUGCAAGUUCAUUAUGGAGUUGCACUUUUUCUUUAUAAGGGUGUGCUAUUAAUUUUCGGCUUAUUUCUGGCUUGGGAGACAAGACACAUCAAGGUAGCAGCCAUCAAUGACUCCAAAUAUAUAGGUUUGGCAGUUUACAAUGUCGGCGUUCUAGCAUCGAUUGGUUCUAUUUGUUCAUUGGCAUUGUAUCAGACAACGUUUUAUACAGAGCUUUAUGUCGUCUUGGCGUUAUGCGUUUUGUUAUGUACAACAUUAACACUUAUAUUCGUGUUUGGACCAAAGGUCAAAUUGAUAAGGAAGAAUUUCGAAGAUCCUAACUUUAAAAACGGUAGACCAGUUCUAAACAGUACGGGACCAUCACAGCGAGCAUCAAACACAACGUAUUACAACAAAUCAGAGGGAAAUGCAUCAGAAUAUCAAAAUCAAAGAAGAGACGUUAUAAGCAAUAACGACGCAGAUUUUCACACCAUCCCAAGAAAGGGGACAGUAGAGAGCGAUUACAGCGACGAACAAUCGCCUAUUGUUCGAAAACACGAAUGCAUGAAAUCCAAUUACUGCCAAAAUAUCUUUGUAAAUAAAUAUUCUGAAUAAAUGCAGCAGUGCAUGUCCCUGAGAACUUCGAACACGAAAAUUAAAGAAAGUGUAAAGGUAUUUAGUAAUUCAUCCCAGAUUAAGUAAAUUCACAGAAAACAAGCUUGAAUUAAAUCAGAUCAUAAAUUAGAUAAAAGUAAUUAACUACUUAUCGUUGUUAGUUCCUACAAGUUGUUUACAACUUCGCUAAAACUACCAAAUGGUUGGCAUACACUAAAAACCCAACAAAAGAGAACUUGUACAAAAAAACAAAAUAUAACUGCUGUGAUAUAAUGCACCGUAUCGGAGAAUAGCGAAAAAACUAGAUUUGUCGUACAAAUUAUUCUUAGCGUUUCGUAGCCAGAUAUUUUGUGUUAUGAGUUUUUUUGCCAUGAAAUAAUAAAAUAAAUAUGCUCACUUUCACAUUUUCCUUUCCGGAAGGAAGACCAUAUAUACUAAAGCAUCACGUGCACCACGAUCGUGCACCUCAUAAUAUAAUCUUGAAAAUACAUAUUUUUUUUAUUAUAGUUAGUAUAAGUAAAAAAUGUUUAAUCAAAAAUCACGCAUUUCAAUAAUUUUUUAGCCAACAUGUACAAUCAUUUUUGUAUAUAACUUUUUCUAAUAUUUAUCAUUUUUUCCUCCUUGUAAAUUUAUAGGUCCGUGUUUUGACAAAGCGUUACUAUUAACAUUUUAUUAUUAAA